UCAACAUGCGCGCACGGUCUAGUCAGCAUGUUAGGUUGGAGCUUGCCCAAUACACAAGUUACGGGCCAGGGUUUGGUUUGUUGUUGCAAAAGAAAAACCUUAAAGAAACAGUAAUAAAGAGGUCACGAGAAUAUUUCAGUGAAAGUGUCGCAUGAGUUUUCCUGUGUGGUGUUGCUGGGUGUGCCCCACCCUGCCAUGAGAGCUGACCAGGUCCCCAGCCACCCCUCCUUCUGCAGUUGAUGGAUCUGCAGAUGGUCUGGAGAUGACAGACAGCAUCAGGGCCUUCCUCCGCAAUGUUGCGACGGGGAUUAAGGACUCCAUUUUGGGGAUUGGAACAAUCUCCAAGCUGGAUGCCCGCAUCCAGCAGAAAAGGGAGGAGCAGCGGCGGAGGAGAGCCAGCGGGGCCCUGGCUCAGAGACGGGCCCAGAGUGAGGAACGCAAACAGGAGAGUGAACCCAAAUUAGCCAGUAGGAUUUUUCAGUGCUGUGCCUGGAAUGGGGGAGUGUUCUGGCUCAGUCUGUUCCUCUUCUACCGGGUGUUUAUUCCACUACUGCAGACUCUGACAGCAAUAAUCAUUGGUGACCCUUCUCUCCAUGGCAACGUGUGGUCCUGGCUGGAGUUCAUAUUGACCUCAGUGUUCAGUGCUCUCUGGGUGCUCCCUCUGUUUGUGCUCAGCAAGAUAGUCAACGCCAUCUGGUUCCAGGACAUAGCUGACCUGGCGUUCGAGGUGUCUGGUCGGAAAGCCCAGCCCUUCCCCAGCGUCAGUAAGAUCAUCGCUGACAUGAUCUUCAACCUCCUCCUCCAGGCUCUCUUCCUCAUUCAGGGUAUGGUUGUGAGUCUCUUCCCCAUUGAUGCUAUUGGACAGAUGGUCAGCCUUCUCCACAUGUCUCUGCUCUACUCCCUCUACUGCUUUGAGUAUCGCUGGUUCAACCAUGGCAUUGAGAUGCACCAACGGCUGUCCAACAUUGAGAGGAACUGGCCCUACUACUUUGGCUUUGGUCUCCCCAUGGCUCUGUUGACUGCCCUCCCCUCUUCAUAUAUAAUCAGUGGCUGUCUGUUUUCCAUCCUCUUCCCUCUGUUCAUCAUCAGUGCUAACGAGGCCAACACCCCAACAAAGCUAUACCACUUCCAGCUGCGCCUCUUCUCUCUGGUUGUGCUGAUUAGCAACAAGUUGUUCCACAAGACAGUCCACCUGCAGUCAUCCCUGAACGCGUCCAUCUCCGCCGAGAAGCUGCCUACCUCUCCCCACGCCUCUCCUGCCCGCCAGAGACCCCUGCCCUCCCAGUGAUGGCCACCAGGGGGCGACAAGGGAGCAGCUCUGCUCAGUAAACCAAUGGAGCAGUUUAUUCUGUCUGUGGAAGGAUCUCUCUUAUCAGGACAGGAGGAGGAUGUUUGGUUAAAGGGGGGUUUUAAUGUGAUUUUAACAAUUUUACUACGGCCCUUUUCAUAUUAUUUUGGAGCACCGGUCAGGUGUUUUUUAAAAUGUGAAUGACGUAUAAGGAGAUUUGACUGCCAUGUGCCUCACACUCAAACACACAUGAUUCUUGUAGCUUAUUCUCAUUAAAAUGUUUUCUUUAAUUGUUUUUUAUGUAUGAUGUGCCAUUUGAGUGCUUUACAUACAGCACAAGCAGUCAUAUACAUUGUUUUUCUUCAUUUUUUUUUUGUUCUGCUCUUUUCGAUUCCAACUCCAAUGUUUGCCAUCAUUUGCUUGUUUAAUCUGUUUAUCACACAGUGACUGAUCCCAGACUGCUUUGUAUAAAACACUUGAUGUGGAAGAGAAAAAGGAAAAGGGUUACAUUUUUGCCAGGACUCAUGUUAUGUUACUAUAUGUUUUGAGUGACAGACAGAGCCUUAGGCACUGGUCACACGAUCCUUGGUAUUCCUUUGCUUGAGGAAUCAGCACAGAGAUGCAGCCUUUGACUAAACGUUCAUCCAAGUGUGUGUGACUACAAUAAGCCCCUUCUCCAUUGAAGGGGGUGACAUGUUUGCAAUGUUAAAAAGUGAAGCGCAAGAGUUGUGACAUACAUUUUUCUGUGUUGCAAGUGACAUUCCUUUCACGCUGAUAGGAUGUUGUCUUGUUAAUUAAUAGCUGUUUCUCUGUAAAGCCAGGGUGUCACUGAUACUCCUCUGGCUGGAAACCCAGGAAUAAUCUUGUGCGGUGAAAACAAAGGGACACUUUUUUUGUAUUCCUGUAAGUGCUUUCAUAGACUAAUCUUAAUUUGUACACUUUUAGCAUGGGAGCUGGUCUAAACAUCCCACAAAAAAGGAAGAGCAUCCUUAAUUAAUCCAAAUAUAUAAUCACUGGUUGUUGUGUGUUAAGUGAUGCUAGCUGUUUUGAAGAAGCUAUUUUCUAUAGUUGUGUAUUAGACAGACAGGUGAAGCUGUAUGGACUCUGCAGCUUGGUCAGAUCAGAUGACACUGCCAAACUGUUUUAUCUACUACUUUGUUCGACUCACUUCUGCUUCGAUCAAUUGUACACAAAACACUGGUGUAGGUACUAGGAAGAUGUCACUGAGCUCAGUUCUGACUGAUUUUCUCUUGAAGGAAGGAAGGAAGGUGUAUAGACGGGAGAAGCCCUCUGUUUUUGUUCCCCCUUGAGCUGUGGGAAUUCUUGUUUUACAUAAUGUCACUUGGCUCUGAAUGUUCAACCAAAACCUCACCAUGGGGGUUACCAUCAUCUAGCUUUUACCUAAUCUUAUCUAAUGGCUUGGGUUGGGAGGGGCGUGUGAAACAGUAUGAAAUAAUUGUAAAUGCAUAGUGUUUAUGUAUGCAGAUUGACAUAUGUGAGUGAGAUUUUGUAAAAGUAUUAUCCCUAAUUUCAAUAAAAUUGGUCAGUAUACACUA